ACUACUACCACUACUAUCACUCCACACUCUGUUUAUUGGCAGAUGAUGUCCUGUCAAGGAAGCUGCAUCUCCAGAUGUUGUAUUAAAGUAAGGGAAUGCAAAUCCCCCAAUUCCCGUCACCCUUCCCUUCCCUCACUCUCUUGUUCUCCUCUUCUCACUCUAAAUCGAUACUCUUCUCCAUUCCUUUCUUGGCCUCCUUAUCCCCUACUUACCACCACAACCAUCUAGAGAUGCUCAGCUCAUUGAAGUCCCAUGAAGAAGGUGAAGAGGACCCCGACCCCCCCCAUCACCACCACCACCACCACCCCAACCCCCAACAUGGCCUCAUCUCACUCUCGGCCCAUGCCCGCCAGCUCCUGAUCAGCUGCGCCGAGCUCAUCCACUGCGGCGACCUCCCCACCGCCCGCCGCACGGCCUCCCUGCUCUCCACCGCGGCCUCGCCUUACGGCGAUUCCGCCGAUCGCCUCACCCACCAAUUCGCUCGCGCCCUCUCCCUCCGGCUCGACAGCCUCGCCCGCCUCUCCCUCGCCUCUCCGUCGGCGCCCUCCCUCACCUCCUCCGAGGCCCUCCAGUCCUCGUACCUGUCGCUCAACCAGGUCACCCCAUUCCUCCGCUUCGCUCACCUCACCGCCAACCAGGCCAUCCUCGAGGCCCUCGACGCCUCCCCCCGCAUCCACAUCCUCGACUUCGACACCUCCCACGGGGUGCAGUGGCCCCCUCUCCUUCAGGCCAUCGCCGAGCGAUCCAAUGCCCACGGCCCCCCGUCCAUCCGCAUCACCGGCACCGGGACCGACCUCGGCGUCCUUCGCCGAACUGGUGACCGCCUUCAGACCUUCGCUCACUCAUUAGGCCUCCAAUUCCAAUUCCAUCCUCUCCUUCUCCCCAUCACCGGCACCAACACCACCAGCCCCAGCACCAGCAUUCUAUCGACUUCUACUGCUACGACUAAUCUCACCUCUUCUUCCUUCCAACUCCAUCCUGGCGAGACCCUUGCAGUGAAUUGUGUGCUGUUCUUGCAUAAACUCUUCCAGGACGGCCGCAACGAGGAUGACGGGUCUCGAGAGCUGAGAGCCUUCCUUGAAGCAGUGAAGGCAAUGAACCCAGGUGUGGUGACGGUGGCCGAGAUGGAGGCGAGCCAUAAUUCACCGAUUUUCCUGCAGAGGUUCAUGGAGGCGCUGGAUUACUACACGGUGGUGUUCGAGUCCUUGGAGGCGACGCUGCCGCCCAGAAGCCAGGAGCGGCUGGCGGUGGAGCAGGUGUGGCUCGGGCGGGAGAUCGAGGACAUCAUCGCCCACGAAGGGGAGGGGAGGAGGGAACGGCACGAGCGAUUCGCGCGCUGGGAGGGGCUGAUGAGGGGUGCUGGAUUCUCCAACCUUCCCCUCAGCCCCUUCGCACUCUCGCAAGCGAAGCUGCUGCUCCGACUGCACUACCCCUCCGAAGGAUAUCAGCUUCAGAUGGUGGGAGACUCCAUCUUCCUCGGUUGGCAGAACAAGGCAUUAUUCUCAGUCUCAUCUUGGCGCUAG